GCAGUGCGCAGGAGCCGCUCUGAGGGCGCAUGUGGAGACGCGCGCUGACGGGACGGAGCAGGACAGGAGGAGGAAAAGCAGCUUCACCUCCCUGAGAUUUUAACAAUGCUGAGCAGAACAGUGACCCUGAAACCAUCCAGUUAAAUGCUCUAUUUUUGGUUUUUGCUCAUUUCUUUCCAUCCAUACCUGAGCGCUGUCGCCGCUCAUUGGGAGCUCAGAGUGGCAGCGGGCGGGACGGGAUCCCCUGGAUGCGGGACGAUGGAUUAAAAUCCCUCCGUGGAUCCAGCAGCAGUCGGGAUUAUUUGGCCGGUCGGACCUCCUCUCUCUGCCUGCCGAGAUGAGCCAGGAUCACUUUCUGCGCUGCGCCCUGAUGCUCUGCUGCGCGCUGCUCUCCGCCAGCGCCAGCAACUGGCUGUACCUGGCCAAGCUGUCAUCUGUGGGGAGCAUCAGGGAUGAGGAGACAUGUGAAAGGUUACGAGGCCUCAUCCAAAGACAGGUCCAGAUCUGUAAACGCAGUGUGGAGGUGAUGGAUGCAGUUCGUCGUGGAGCCCAGUUGGCUAUAGACGAGUGCCAGUUCCAGUUUCGGAAUCGUCGAUGGAACUGCUCAACUUUGGAAACCAUGCCCGUGUUUGGCAAAGUAGUGACCCAAGGCACCCGUGAGGCAGCCUUUGUAUAUGCGAUCUCAGCAGCCAGUGUGGCAUUCGCGGUCACAAGGGCCUGCAGCAGCGGAGAGCUGGAAAAAUGUGGCUGUGACCACAAUGUGCAUGGAGUCAGUCAGGAGGGUUUCCAGUGGUCAGGCUGCAGUGAUAACAUUGCGUAUGGAGUGGCUUUCUCUCAGUCUUUCGUGGAUGUCAGAGAGAGGGGUAAAGGCCAGUCUUCUAACCGCGCCCUCAUGAACCUGCACAACAACGAAGCUGGGAGAAAGGCCAUCCUGUCCCACAUGCGUGUGGAGUGCAAAUGCCACGGUGUGUCAGGUUCCUGCGAGGUGAAGACCUGCUGGAAAGCUAUGCCACCAUUCCGCAAGGUGGGCAACAUCAUCAAGGAGAAGUUUGACGGCGCCACAGAGGUGGAGCAGCGCAGAGUGGGCUCUACUAAAGUCCUGGUGCCUCGCAACUCUCAGUUCAAACCUCACACUGAUGAAGACCUGGUCUACCUGGAACCCAGUCCGGACUUCUGUGACUAUGACCCGCGCACGCCGGGGAUGCUGGGCACAGUGGGGCGCCAGUGUAAUAGAACGUCGAAGGCCAUCGAUGGCUGCGAGCUGAUGUGCUGCGGCCGUGGCUUCCAGACGCAGGAAGUGGAGGUUGUAGACAGGUGUAGUUGUAAGUUCCACUGGUGCUGUUAUGUGAAGUGCAAACAGUGCCGCAAAAUGGUGGAGAUUCACACUUGCCGGUGAUGCGAGAGAGGAAGCGGGCGCAUCUGAUGGACGCAAAACAAAUGCCCAAUACUCCUCCUUAUUGACAAGCCAGAGAGAACAAAAAGGUUCGCAAAUCUCCCUCUUCUGCUUUGAAACCAUCCCACCCUCCGACUAGAGCGCCAGG